AUGCCGCCUCCUUCCUUCUCCCAUCAGACUGCUGUGGUCUUGCCCCGAGCUAUCCAGUCGUGGCUCAAGGACAUCAUACAAAAGAUCCGUUCGACCCUUUUGGCGACCGACGAGGCCAAACGGCACUCCAUCCUCAGCAGCAUCGAGUCAGCCGUCGCGGAACAGGCUCAGACCCUACAGACCGCAGCCCAAGCCGACGAAGCGAACCAUCCGCCCGCAGCAGGCCCGUCUCCUUCCGCUCAGAUCCGGUCACAGAUCUCGGUGCGUAUCAACGAUGCCAUUCAGACUCUGCUCCAAUCCGAGCUCGAGACGCAGCAGCACGACAAGCUCCCGGCUUUGGUCGACGUGCUCUUCGUUACCAUGCCCUUGCUUGGACCCAUGUCCAUCGUGAUGGAAUGGUGGGAUCUCGUUCUCUGUCCUCUGCUCAAGAAUGCUUCCGUACAGAACAUCACCGCCAACCGCGCUCGCGAGCUCGUAGUCCGUGCCAUGGUCGCUGCUCCGACCACUGCCUACGAGGACGAGCCUUCUCCCGUCCCAGUCUGGCCUGCUGCUCCGCCCGCCGAGCCCUCUGCCGAAUCGCCAGCAUCUGGCACAAGUCCACGUCGGGCCCGCGCCGCACCGUAUCCCAUGUCAGCCGCCGCCCCAAUAGCCUUGUCCUCGUCUUCCUCGCCUUCUCGGCAGCAGCCACGCAGCUCCUCUGCCAACGCGGCUUCUGUUCCCGGCAGUCGCUCCGCAUCCAUAGGAUCACGUCAGGACACCUUUCGUCGCUUCACCCAACGCAUCCUCGACCUCUACCUCGCCGAGGCAGCACAGCAAAGUCAUCCCAUCGCUGCAGACGACGCAGGCUAUAGGGAUCAGAGGCGCUCGAGCGCUCCGGACGCCUACAAGCCUGGCACCACAGGCCAUGAGCACGGCGUCGCGAGAGAUCUCAGUCAAAGCCUGCUCAUUCGCGACCCUGGCGCAAUCGUCUGGAAGGGCAACCUCGAAUCCAUCCUUCUCGUCUAUAGCAACGAAAGACCCAAGGAAUUUUUCCACCACAUCGCCGAGUCGUUCAACGAUCCAGCUGCUCGUGUUCCGCUCCUCUUCCUGCUCUCCACCUUCUUGCGCCUAUAUCCCAUCCACGCCUACCACAUCACUUCGACGGCGCUCCCACGCAUGCUCAUCCUCUCGCUUCAGCUCGACACCUCGACCACCUGCGUCUCCAUCGGCGUCACUGCCUUCAUCAUGCUCAUUCCCCACAUUCCCAAUUGGAUCGCCAACGGGGGUGCGGGUGGACUACCCACACUCCUCAGCAUCUUUGCGCGCAUCGUCGACUGGAGACGUCUGGGUCACGGCUGGGAGAGCCGCGUCGGUGACGAUCCCGAGUUGCAAGAAAUCCGCCGAGAGAAGGACGAAGAAUUCACCGAGAUCGAUCGUCUGAGCAAGCGCCUCAACAUCAAGCCCUCUUUGCGGUGGAACCGCCUCGAAUCGUCGUUCGACACCACCAUGUCGACGCCACCCAACGCGGAGCAUCUGUUCACCUUCGUCUACGGUCUUUUCCCGUGCAACGUCAUUCGCUUCUUGCGUUCGCCCAUCGAUUAUCUGCGCAAAGCAUCGUUUGAGAGCCCCUUCGAAGGGCCUUGGGAGGACAUGAUAGACGAGGUCGCCGUUCAGAGUCGCUCGGAUCCCAUCCUCCGUCGACACACCAUCCAUCCCGCCAUCAUCACCAUGGACGCAGAGACCGAGUUGACCGACAAGCAGCGCUGGUUGGAUCACGAUUCGGCCGACAUCAACGCCGAAUGUCUCGGCCUGUUUUUGGGCAAGUGGCACGACGUCAACUCUUCGCACAUUGUGCAGGCCGAGCGACAGCGAGGUGGCUCUUUCGGCCACUAUGAGGGCCACGACGACGAGACCGCUUCCGUGUUUUCAUCCGAAGCCAGGCUUGGUGGCUUCGACAUGGGACGACGACGCAGCGCUGCAGCUCUGUUGCAUCCUUCUUCGCCUGGCGGAUCGGCGUCCCGACAGUUUCAGAGACUGCCUCAUUCGGUCAAUCCCGACGACAUCUUGCUCACGUACGCAUCGCUGCGAUCGGGAGCACCGCUCAUGCCCUCUACGACGGCAGCUGAGGCUGCGAGCAUCAGCGCAUCCACACCGUUGGGCUUUGGGUCCACGACGCAGCCCAUGGGGGCUGCUGCGCAACGACUAGAUGAGGCGACGGCACCGGUACAUGGAAGAGCAGCAGGCGGUAUGACGGCGAGUGGCACGCUGUCGAGGUUGCUUCCGGCUGCUAGCGCUGCAGCGGCGGCGACGCCUGCCAUUGUGACGGCGAUGGGCAGCUCUAGUGCUUCGCACGUGCCAUCAUCCAUGCCGGCGUCUCCGGCCACGCAUGCUUCGCUUGCUCGCGUACGCUCGCGUUCCGGCUCGCUGUCGUCGUUGCAGUCCAAUCACAACUCGACGAGCCCUGCAACGCCGCUCUCGCCCACGUCGACCGGAAGGCAUCCUUUGGCAUCGAGCCACCUGCCCCUCGAUCCAACGUCGACGCCUCAACCAGCAUCCAGCGAACGAGCUUUCCGGGCGAUCCCGUCGUAUGACACGACCAUGUCCACCGCGGCCGCUAGCAGUCUUGGCAGCGAUGCAUCCAACAUGUCGUUCCUUCAACGUGAGAACCUGUUGCUCCGCAACGAACUCAACUUCGAGCUCUACCUCAAAGAGCAGCAUCUGCGACAUAUUGGACGACUCCACCGUGAAAAGGUGACGGACACGGCGCUCGAAGCGGAACGACAGAACCUCUAUCAUACCGUGCGUACGCUUCGCUCGUCGAACGCGGCGCAGCAUUCGGAAUUGGAAAGGUGCCGUGCGGAAGCGUCUGCCACCAAGACACGCCACGUUCAGUGGGAGGCGGAUCUGAACAACAAACUGAAAGCGUAUCGAGAGGAACGCAAAGCUUGGACUUCGGAAGCCAGGCAGCUCAAAGCGCAAGCCGAGGAGAACGCAGCUCAGAUUGUGAGUCUGACACGACAGCUGGAGGAAUCGGGUUCAGCGCUGUUCGAGUUGCAGACGAAACACGAGAGCGACCAGCCCAAGCUGGCCAAGUUGGAGCAGUACGAGAAGAAGAUCGCACAAUUGACAGAGUGCUUAGCGUACUGGGAUGCCGACGUGUUGAAGUACGAGAGGCAGAGGGGCGAGAUGGAGAAGCUGCUGGGAAGGUGGGAUGAGAUGGUGUAUCUGGUCGAGGCUACGGAGAAGAGUUUGGGCGAGCUGGAGGCCAAGUGUGAGAUGUUGGAGGGCGAGAAGGAGAGGUUGACGGAGGAGUUGAAAGCAGAGGUGGAGAGGGGCAAGGCGCUCAAAGGGGACAAGAAGCGGCUGGUAGAGGAGGGAGUGGAGCGGCUGAAGAGCGUGGAGGAGGAGAGAGAGGUCGUGAGACGGGAGAAGGAAGAAUUGAGAGGGAGGUGCGAGACGUUGGAGGCGGAGCUGCUCGAGUUGAAGGCCAAGUUGGAGCAAGUGAUGGUCGGACGAAGCAAUGCGGAUCAAACGAAUGGAAUGCAUGGAAGCGCAGACGGUCCACUGGGCAGCGAGACGCUCGGCGUGGACAAUGCAGACGAGGAUAGAGAUGUACCUCCCCUCGCCCAAGAAAAGUGA